AUGGACUUGGGAAUAACAGGUCAACCUGUUGGGACCGACGUAGCAUCGCUGAGGGGGGAUGAAGACCGAUCAGUUGCGAUGAUCAGCGGCAAGCUAGUAGCAGACAUAGCCGGGCAGCCGAGCGAUAGUGAUCCCAUCAACCUUCAAGCCUUCCAGGAUCCUUCAGAAUAUGGCGCCAGACUGGACAUAGUUUUGAUCUCGCCGGACGGUGUAACCAUCGAACAUUCUAUCGCACUUGGAUUCCUAACAUCAAACAACGAGGCUAAGUACGAAGCAUUGCUGGCCGGACUUAAAAGUGCACUCCAGUUGCGUGCCUCCGAGCUGAUAGUCUACAGCGACUCCCAGCUCGUUGUCAACCAAGUGUUUGGAGUGUAUGAGGCCAAAGAAGUCAGAAUGGCCAAGUACCAGGCUCUAGUAAGAGAACACAUCAAGACAUUCCAAGCGAUAAGAGUGUAA